GAUGACCGAGGGGAGGUCUCGCGUGCAGCAGAACGACCUCCUUCUGCACGAGGCUGUUAUCAAGAAUGAGAUAGCAGCAGUGAGAGAAGCGUUGCUGAGACCCACGGAUGUUAACUGUAGGAACAACUACGGCAGAGCGCCCAUCCACUGGGCGGCGAGCAGAGGCAACGUAGACAUUAUGAAAUUGCUCAUUGAGGCGAAGUGCGACAUCGAAGCGGCCGAUAAGUUCGGUAUGCGGCCGCUGUUAAUGGCGGCGUGGCAUGGUCACCUCGAGGCCGUCAAGACGCUCGUCGCGGCGGGCGCCUGUCUUGCGGCCACCAACAAGAAACACAAUGAUAUGUUGCAAUGUGCAUGCGCUCGCGGCUCUCUUGGCGUGGCCGAAUACGCCAUCACCCUGGGCGCCAGGGUACAGAGCACUGAUGCGACAGGGGAUGCGCCUCUUGCACUGGCGGCCAGAGCGGGACACACCACGCUCGUGCAGAUGCUGCUGGACAAGGGAGCAGACAUGGAUGCAGUCAACAAGGUUGGGCGGACUGCGCUGCACGUAGCUUGCGAAGGCGGCCACUCCAGCACCGCUGCUGUCCUGGUAGCCAGAGGGUCGGAGAGGGAGGCGCGGGAUAUCUCCGGCCGCACCCCGCUCCACCUAGCGGCCGUACAUCGACACACGGAGUUAGUGCGAUCGCUGCUAGAAGCCGAAUGUCAUGUGGACGCUACUGAUAAUAACGGCGUAACGGCUCUGCAAAUGGCGUGUGCCCAAGGCUGUCGGGGCAUCGUCGAACAUCUGCUGGCGUACGGAGCCAACGUGCAUUUGCAAAACAAUGUUGGUUCGUCAGCCCUGCACGCCGCGUGCGCCGCCGACGCCACGGAGAUUGUGGAGUUGUUGCUCGCUCACGGGGCAGACCCCGCCCUCACUGACCAGUGGUCGCAGUCUCCGGUCAGCGUGGCGGGAGGCGCGGCCGACGGACCCCCGGAAGGGUUCCGUAGGGCGGCCCGAGGGUCGUUCUCCGCCAUCUUGGACCUUUUAACAGCAACAGCCAAUGUCGAUCAUCAUCAGGAUCAUUCUGACGGGUCAACAACUCCCCGUGACAAAUCCGGGGGCCAUUCUCCAGCAGCUAAUGACGGUGAAGACGCAGUGAGCGAGCGGUGAUGGUCGGCCAGCACACUGCUGGAUCGGUUGGCACAACGUGGUUUCGCCGCAGACACUAGACUAGCACUGCCACCGACGGGAUGCGCUCGGUACCGCGAGCUGUGCUACCGCGCGGCGCACGCGCACCUGCCAGAUGAUGCAGCGCCGCGCCCCUGCGACUGCACCAACUGCGCCGCGCGCCGGGCCUCUGCGCCGGAGCCCUGAAACCUGUCGGCCGUUCGUCCCACCUCGGCCUUCCACCGCCCGCUACCAUCGCUACCGGAAUGGAUGAGACGAACUUAGCAACACUAUGCUCAACAACCCCCUCCACUAUUAAUAAACGAAGAAUACGCUAGGAUUAGUAACUCCAUGUUUUGUCUCUGUUCACGAAUGACACGGCAUUUGAGAAAUAUGAACAAAACACGGCGUAACUAG